AUGUGUAAGGUUCUGGCUCUUAUACCUAGCGUUCCCCGUCCUGUGAGACCUGAGGAGGAUUAUGUCGAAGUUCUAAAAAAAAUUUUAUUAACAAAAUCAACCAAUUUUAAUGCCACUACAUUUUAUAAAAAGGCUGAUUUUCCAUAUAGUCUAAAGAAACAGGCGGAGGAAGCCUUAUUUAAUGCAUUAAGAUCUAUUGAAUCUGAAAAUGGUCAAGGUGCUAUAAUUGCUCAAAGGCUACUUGCUCAUUUUAACGAUAUUGUCAACUCUCCCAUUGUACUACGCUUUUGGGAUUCCGUUCGUGUUCGAGAAGAAAAAAAUAGCACUCAAACUGCUCAAGUUAUAUUACAAGAAAAAGAAGAACAAAAUGCUUGUCAAAUAAGGACUAAUUUGUUGGAUGAGCGUAUUCAAGUAUUGGCAAGAAAAAGAGACAAUUCGAAUUUGAAUGAUUUUGAAGAAGGAUCAUCAACUCCACCAAAUAAAAUCAGGGCCACAGAUAUAACAGAAGUGGGAAAAAAUAACGAUUCAUCAUCCAGUUUUGGAGUAUUGUCUAGUGAUAAAGAAAAUUUUUCUGUUCCGCCUACAAAUGUCUUCUCUGAUCAAGAACUACAUGAAAAUGAAAAUACUUACAUAAAAGAUAUUCAGUCAUCUCAUGAGAAUACAACAGAUAAACUCUAUGAAAUAAUUGAAAAAAUAAAUAAAUCUGAUUAUCGCCUCUUUCAGUAUCGGAUCAUUAAUUUAUCUGACCAAAAUGCUUCGAGUCCUGUACAAAAAAUAUUAACAAAAGCUGAUAAACAGUUAUUAAAAACAACUUGGGACUCACUAGAGCCAUCGAAAAAAAAUCACAAGACAAUCCGCCAGGAGAAAUGGAAUGCAGUCAUAAAACCUCUCGUGAAAAAGUAUCAAAAAAACUUAGUACCGAAAUCUGUAUUUGAUGAUUUUCCUUUGGAUCUUGCAAUUGAAGAAAUUACCAAGAGACCAUAUACAGGAAAAUUCAACUAUAGAGAACAUCACGACUCAUUAUGGGUUCAAGAUAUAUACAAGCGAUUUUUAUUUAUCUUUAAAGCGCCUGUUAAUGUAUUAUUAGACCCUAAUCAAGUAGAACUAUCGUAUAGAGAAAAUUUCAUUAACCCAAUUGUUGCAAAAUUGUUUGAUGACAUAAUGGAUAUUAUUCGAGUAAAAACUGGAGAGAUCGAAAAUAUGUUAAAUAAAACCCAACGAAAUGAAACUCGCCAGUAUGUGCAACGAGUUAGUAUUGGAUGCCAUCAAGAUGGUAUUUUUGAAGUAAACGUCAAUGCAAUGACUUUUGAAAUAGGCUUUCUAGAAGUGGUUGGUAAUGCUCUUAUUGUUGAUAUCACAAAGUUAAAUGGUGAUCUUGAUAAAGUAUUAAAAGCAAUGCAGAUCUCGCUGUUCUAUCAACGACGACACCAUACCCAACGUGGUGCUACUGGAGAUCAACUUGUUUGUCUAGAAUCGUAUGGGAUAAUCGUUUACCAGCGAACUUUUACUAUUUAUGUUAUGCAUAAUACACGUGGAGGGCUCUACAUUGUAGACAAAUUAACGGAAUUUUCUAUUCCAAAUUCCAAAGAUCAAUUGUAUGUACUAGAAGAAGUAAUCGAGAAAAUAUAUAUGUUAAAGAGCCGAAUAAUGGAUUAUUAUUUAAAAAUACAAAAAAUAACACCUAAUUGUGUCAAAACCCAUGUCAAUACAACAGAGUCACCAGUUGAAGCAUCGCCCUCUAAGAAUUCUAAAGUUACUGAUAGAUAA